AUGGCCCAUUCCAGGACGUUAUAUAUUCUCAUAUUUGGAUUUUCAUUCUUGACUGCAAAACAGAGAAUAGAAAUCGUAUUUAAAAGUUCAUUUAGCACUAGGGCCGAAAUAAGACGAAAUCGCCUGGUAUCUCAAGAAUCAUUGGAUUAUUUAAGACCUCCUGUAAAAAAAAUUGGCGAGCUCACUGGCUCUGUCAGCAAUUUAGACACUAGUUUAGACGGCGCACGACUAUUUAGACAUUUUCGUGCAAAAUUGUCUAAGAAAACUCAAUAUUCCGAGGUAAAGAGAAGAAAUACAGAAACAUCAUCUCCUUUGAUAUUAAAGAGAAAUACUGACAAAGAGAUAUCAGAAAUUCACGCGUGUCCAAGAAACAUUAGUAUAUCCGAUAAUCAAGAAAACGAGAGAAAACUGUUGACGAAACAUAUUCUCAGUGAUAUAAAUAAACCCGUAAUAAAAGUGACUGUCAUACCAAAAACAGUGCAAACGCAAACCUCUCAUUUAUAUAAAAAGCGAAAACAUAUAACAAAAAAGGUCCAAGCAACAGUAUCGAACCACGAGAACUCCAUUCAAGCUAAAAAUCUAUUCCUAGUUGUCGGGGGUCAGCCAAAGGAUUGUGUUUACGAAUUAAAAAGAACUGGCAGCGUCAAGCUUGUCAAUACGGACUUACAAAAAUACCACAACGAUGAAGAAAUCCCAUUAGAUCGGCUAUCUAGUCUAAAAUUAGUAUUGGAUUCUUUAAACAUGAAUAAAAAGAAAGAGAAGAGUGGAAAAAGAAGUCCAAAGAAGUCGAGGGGGAGUUCUCCUGAAGCGGUAAAUGUGUCACGACAUCUUCAAGGGAACGAAACCAUUAGGGAGUGUACAUGCCCGAUUACAGCGAAGGGUGAAAAAAGCUGUGUAAGAAUUACUGGUCAUCUAGGGCUGGCAGACAACGAUCGCUAUGUUUUAAGAUACGCCGCCACUCUUGAUGAUAGACCAGGUUGGUUAAAACGUCGAAACAAUUACCAUAAAACAUGUAAAGCUGAGGAGCUCGACGACCUAGUGUUUUGCGCGUGCUAUCUAGAUAGCACGUGCUGUUUAGCCAAACAGCUUUCGUUAAUUUCGGUCAUAGGAUGGAUGACCUAAAAUUAAUUAUCUCGAGUUCCUCCGUGCUUCGGAAGUUCCAUCCUUGCUACAUUUGUAGAUGUUUAGGGCCUUAUUACAUUUUGACUGUUAUUAUUUUUGCUUAAAUUGGUCAACUUUAGCGAUCUUGAUCUCGGAUUCGAAAAUAUAUUACUAAUUUUUACGUAUGAAUAGUGCAAAAUAACUAUUGGCAUAAUUCCUAACUUGCUUUUCGUAAAUUGUUCUUUACAUUCUAAUUUAACAAAAAAUUGUAGAGAAUGGUUUUUCCAAAAAACUUGACUGUAAGUUGACUGUGAAUUUCUCCUAUCUACGAUAUUAUUAUUGAACAAAGUAAAAUCUAGAAUAAUUUUUACUUCAUAAAGAAUAAAGAGAUCAUAAUUUUUAAGCAAAUAUUUAUUAUCCUAUUUAAAUAAAAACGAUAAAAAUAUCUGCAAAAUUACUAAAAUAUGCGAUGUGCCGGCAGUCCACUUCAAUUUCUAUUCUUAACAAUCCAACUCUUGGUCCAAGUGUCUUAUUUGAUACCAUCCAUAGAGAAGGCCUAUGUAGAGUUGAGGUUAUUAAUAGGCUAAUAGUGUUGAUUAGCUACAACAUGUGUUACUCAUUAAAAUUAUUAAUGAUUUGACCGAGACUUGUUGCUCAACGAAGCGUGAUGAACGAAGAACUCAAAGGGAUACUAAGAUACAAACUGAUUUCUCACAUGAAUCUUCGGGAAUUGCUGAUACAAAGUCUACAAAUGCAAGGCAAUUAUCUCACGGCACGCAAGUUAAUUUUGAAAUAGGAUUCAUAAAUUCCGAUAACACUAAAACUAUCAAUUCUAUGCAAGACGAAAGUGUUCAGUGUUGCUGUACUGACGCUAAUACAAAUGAUACUUGUUGUAAAGAGUCGUCUUCAGAUAGCGAAGUUGAUAAUAAAUCUUUGAAAAGGUGUCAAAGUCCCAUGGUUGUUAUAUCUGUGUAUCCAAUGCAAAAUGGUGAAAAUGUUAAAGUUUUGAAAAAACCUCCCAUUGAUAAGAAGACACUUUGGGCAGAGAGAUCUUUAAAUAUUAACAAUAACAAUGAAGACCAACAAAAUAAUAAUAUUAAUAAGAUUACUAGGGAAAGCAGAUCCGCUAAUAAAAAUCCAAGGAGAUUUUUUGCAAAUAAGAACCCAGGCAGAUCUAGAAGUCGAUCACCAUCACCACAGAAAGAAUAUCAAAUUAGGAGUAAUGACAAUGAUAAGAGAGUAUUGAAAAGCAAAAUAGAUAGAAAAAUCAGUCCUAUGCGAGAAACGACUGUAACAUCGAAUUGGGACAAUCGGCAAGUUAAAAUCAAUCAAGAUAAAUUAAAACGUAAUAAAGAUCGCAAUAAAACUUGGACUAGAUAUGAAAAGUGGCGUAUCAACGAACAUAAAAGUACAAACACAGACUAUAAUGUUACAAAGAAACUGUUGGUUGAGAAUUAUACGAAACAUCUGACGGCUUUUAUGCAAAACAACAAAAUUAAAAAUGAAUGCACUUGUACAAGAAGCAAUGACUCUAAUGUUCAAGUGAAUAUUGACGGCAGUGAUCAAUGUUACGAUGUUACGCUUUGUCAAGGAAAACAUAUUACCGAUUUAAAAGUGAGAAAAACUAAGAAAAGAGCAGCAGACGCCAAGGGAACUGAUAAAAUAAACGAUAGUGAAAAAAAUGAAACAUCGUCAUUAAAAAAUUUGUUAUUAAUACCGGAAUGCGAAUCGAACGGCCGGUCUAUUUCACAGGCUCUUUCCGCUGAAAAUCAGCAACGGAAUGAAGAUACGUUUCCCAGAAUACGAAUCAGAGAUAGUUUAGAAAUAAAACACAGUGAUAACAAUAGCAAAACUUCAACAAAAAUAUCUAACAACCAACUAAAAAGAUGUGCAUGCUCCGACAUUACAAUAAAAUCGAGCAAUUCCAUAAAAGCCAGGAACACCACACUUUCUAGGCUGCCCAAAAUGAAAUGCGCAUGCAAAUUAUCUGUAAGCAAACGACUUGAGUAUUGCAAGUAUCUAAAUAACAGAACUUACCAGCAGAACCAAGAUACAUCACCACAAACUGAAUCAAACCAAAAAAAUAUGCAAUGCGAAUGUAGCUUGAGUACGCAAAUCUCCAGCGCUGACAAAAAAGACGUACAGUGCGAAUGCAAUAUAUCAGUGUCGAGCUUUCAUAGUAAUAAAGUUAUAGAAGCUUCAAAAAAAUCUGGUUACAACAAUGAUAACAAAGCCACUCAAUAUGAAGAUACCCCUGUUCAACAUACAUCAUGGUAUCAACAACUUAUACUGAAUCGAAACAUACAAGUAUUCUUACAAGUGGAACAGUUCUCAAAACAAAAACCAAUAAUAUUAUCCAGGAAACAAUAUGAUAAAGUAAAAAGAACAAUAGAGAACACUUUAUCAAAUAAAUCGAAGCGCAACAAAUGUAUUUGUAAAAGUAGUUUACUUUCCUUGGGAGAAGUAAGACGGAAAAGUAAACGUCAAAAGUCCAUAUUAGAUAACAAAGAAGUAGAAACACAGCUCUACGGUGGUAGCAGUGAGUCAAAGACUGACAACAGUAGUGUAAAGAAUACCAAACAAGAAAACACGUACUUGUUAUUAACAAGAGAACAAAAUACUAAUGAAAAAGAUGAGGAAACUCCUCGUCAAGUGGCAUCAAAAGUAGAAUUUCGAAUCUCUAGCCUGUCAUAUACAAAGUACGUAGCGUUCUCAUCAACCAAUGUGGAAGUGGGGUCCACUGGUUCUGCAUUUGAUGACAGACCUUCACUUUCUCUCCAUACAAUUUUUAAAGGUCGGAGAAAAUGCACGUCCCCAAAUUUAGGUACAUCGAUGUGCUCUUUAAACUCUGAAGAAGAUACCGGAGAGCUCAAGUCUAAAAAUCACCAGCCAAUUAACGAACCCAAGAUAAAGAAACCGUUCCUGAGAAGGUUGAUGUCCUGCCUCGUGAUGCGAUCAGCUAGAUUAACCGAGAUGAACGCUAAAAUAAAGGCUGCUACGCGACCUUCAAAUAAGCCAUCCAUCGAUAGCUCUUUUGACUCCUACCAUAUUAGCAGUUCAUUCUGCGUAAGCUAA